AUGCAAGACGCAAGUUGGGCGAAAUGUGACGGCGGACAAAUGAGUGGAGCCUCAGAUGGCGCUCCAACUUGUCGAAUCGCCUUUCAAAGCAUUAGUUUAAAUAAGGUGGAAAAAAGUGGAAUCGCUCGUGGGGAGUCAAAAACUCUUCAUAUCUCCUUCCAAUCGGGUCACGAAGGGGUCUUCUCCGAAACCUGGAAGUUCACCACAAAUCCACCGUUGUACUGCUCGGCUUCUGGCAUAACGCUUCACCUCUUUGGAAUUGCAUUUUGGCCUGACAGUCCCUUCACUGGUCCAUCGCAAGCCAUCGCGGAGGCAAGAAUUAAGUUUACGAAUGAUGCGGUUCAAGCCUUGAUAGCACUACGGAGUGAGGCCGUAGUUGGAGCAGUUGAAAAACCUGCAUGGGAUCGUUCCCUCUAUACACUGCGACAAGAGAUCAUAGAGCUGCAUAGAGAAGGUAGCAUCCAAACUGGAGACACCAACAACUUCCUCCAUCGCCUCUAUAAGAUUGUUCGUGGGGUUGCGUUUGCAUCCCCGGUGCCUACAAUCAGUGCUGCUGAGGUUCAGUACAGAUCCUGUUGCUCUGUAGUCAUGGAUCAUCUUCUGAAGGUAUUUGAGAUGUGCUCUGCAACUCGCCUUCAACUGGGAAUGAGUCAGUUGGCAUUCACUCCACAACUCCGUAGGUUGACGUUUUUCAGGCCUGACAAAAGCUCUGCCUCAAUGCUAACAAAACACUGUUCUUUUAAUUAA